AUGAUAGAUGGAUGGAGCGUUUGGAUUGACUCGGAUGUCUGUACGCCUGGCUGGUCCCCCUUUGCUGGACACUGUUACCGUCUGUAUGAAGCCCAUGUUACAUUCGAUGAAGCAGUGAAUCGUUGUCAAUUAGAGGGGUCGUACCUGGUUGAGGUCGAUUCAUUGGAAGAGAACAGCUGGCUAUCAGAAGAAUUCGGUGCCUCAAGGCAGAAAGAAAGGAACAAACUAAAGGAACAGAGAAGAUUGGCAAGAUACGAAGAAAACAAGAAAGAAGAUGAAAAAGCAAAGAAAAGAGGACUCAAAAGAAAUAGAGCAGACAAAAUGGACGACAAGGACAUCGAUCCCAAUGAUCCUGAUUUGCAGAUGGUACUCAGCUUUGGAGUAGGAGUAGAUGGUGACGUCAGAUCUCCGAAAGGGACUCAUCCCGAGAAUUCCACGAGACUUCUGGAAGUCAGUCUGGACAGAACGGUUGAGACGGAAGUAGAGACAGAAAAAGAAGGAAAUCCGGGAAAACAGAGACGAAGAAAAAGAAAUUUUGGACCAGGCUCCACAAACUGGCCGAAAGGUGUCGUCCCAUACAUCUUUGAUGACAAUUUAGUUGCCAACAGAGCGCCAUUUCUAGAGGCUAUUGAGAUAUUCGAUCAGCUGACUUGUAUUCGUUGGAAGCAGAAAUCCUCAGCAGUGGAGACGGAAGUCGGCCAUACAGGAUUCGUUCGUGUUCUAAACGGAGGCGGAUGCAGUUCAGGGGUUGGUUUCCAUGGCAACGAAGAACAUCACAUUACCUUAGCAGAACCCGGGUGUGGCUCAGUCAGUAUUGCUGUACAUGAAAUGCUGCACAGACUUGGACAGAGACACGAACAGUCCCGUAAUGAUCGGGAUCGAUAUGUCAAAAUAAUUUGGGACAACAUCGAUCCCAACUACAAAAAUAAUUUCUACAGACGAUUGACCUACAACCGUAACCCGUACGAUGUAGGAAGCGUGAUGCAGUACGGGUACACGUCAUUUGGUGGUGGAAAAGCAACGAUAGAACUUAAGGAUAAGAACCUCUACUUCCUGGAAGUUCCUGGUGACCAGGUCAUGUCUUUCUAUGAUUUAAAAGAUCUGUUGGACCACUAUGAAUGUACAGCUCAUUGUACCUCCCCUCCAGUCUGUCAGAAUGGGGGAUACGUGAACGUAACUUGUGGGUGCACCUGUCCAGAGGGGUUCACUGGUAACCUGUGUCAAACCGUCGUCACAGACUCAGAUUGUGGGGGAUUUGUUUAUUUGAAAGAAGCUACCAUUCUAGGCGAAAACAAAGAUGUUUUUGUGACAUCCCCUAAUUAUCCCGGCCAAGCCGGACAGGGAAAAGUUUGUAGAUGGGUUGUGAAGGCACCAGAAGGAUACAUCAUUAAAAUGACAAUUGACGACCUUCAUAUGGCCUUUAACCCGGAUACACUUCGUUGUUAUCACUGGUUGGAGAUUCAGUACAAUUUACCCGGACAACCUGGAAUACGGCGAUGUGGAGAUAUUGUUGGAGAAACCUUCCUGACAUCGGUGGAUUCCCCAACAUUAAUGAUUGUUACCAUGGAUACCAGAUUUGCUGGCAGCAGGGUUACACACAAAGGAUUCAGGCUUCAUUUCGAAAAAGAAAGAGAAGUAUGCAGGGACAACCCUUGUCAGUACGGGACGUGUUUCCCUACUGAGCUGAAGGUGUGCGAGUACAAGUGUGUGUGUCAACCCGGGUACAUUGGGGACAACUGUGACCAAGUCAUUGCUGAUGUCAAGCUUAAAUGCACCUUUGAGAGGCAUGAAAAGUGUUUCUUUCAAAAUAUUCAAGAAGGAGACAAUUUUGAAUGGGGUCCUGGGUUUAAAUAUACUUCGUCAGUGGGAACAGGACCAGAGGAAGCCUAUAGAGGAGAAAGUUACCUCUUCACAGAGAUGUCCUCACCCAGAAAACCCGGGGAUAAGGCUAUCCUACAGACUGCUGUACCCCUCCCAGAAAAAGCAGGUUGUCUGUCAUUUGCAUACAAUAUGUUUGGAUUGAACGUAAACAAGCUGACAUUAUAUGCGGAGGGAACAAGCACGGCGAAAACUUCUCUUUGGUCUAAAGAAGGAAAUCAGGGCGCUGAUUGGUUGAUGGCCCAAGUCAAUGUACCGGCCACAGCGGGACUGAAGUUGUCGUUUGAAGCUCUUACUGGCGAUGCUUGGGAUAGUGACGUAGCUCUUGACGAGAUCACGUGGGAGGUGGGACAAUGUGAUGCAAGUAAGCUGAAGAAUUGUGUAGAACUGGGAAAAGAGUACGAGGGAACACGUGACUAUACUAAAAAUGGGGUCAAAUGUCAGGCAUGGGCAGUCAACGAGCCUCAUGAUGUACCUGCAAAGUAUGCCUACCUUGCGACAGAAUCCAACUACUGCCGAAUCGCUGACGAGCCCUCUCCGUGGUGCUACACCACAUCAGCUACAACACGGUGGGACUGGUGUGCCGUACCCUACUGUAGUGCAACGGAGUGUGCGUACACAGCUAAUGGCGCGGAUUACAGUGGGACCAUGAGCCACACAAAGUCAGGUUACCCCUGCCAGAGAUGGGACUCGCAGACUCCACAUGCUCACGACUACAACAAGCUAGAUAAGGAUGAGAACUACUGUAGAAACACGGACAAUAGUCCUCAGCCCUGGUGUUAUACCCAGGACCCACACAUACGCUGGCAGGAGUGUGAAGUUCCGCGGUGUGAGAAGAUAGAGAGGGAUUGUCUUAUGACAGGAAGAGGUUUAGAUUAUGUUGGAAAAAUUAGUGUAUCAAGCUCAGGAAAAACAUGUCUAACUUGGACAGAUGGUUUCCUUGUUAUUUCAGAGUCGAUGAGUGAUGAGGCUAAUUACUGUAGGAAUCCUGAUUCUUCCUCAAAGCCUUGGUGUUACGUACAGGGAGACACGGGUCCCACGAAGGAGUACUGUAAUAUAGCAUCAUGUGCUGAUUCGCCAUGUUUUCCAAAUCCGUGUAAAAACAGAGGACAGUGUGAAGUGGCAGGAACCUCGUUCACAUGUACUUGUCUAAACGGGUUCACCGGAGAUAACUGUGAAAUAGAGGAUCAACGACAGGAUCCCGAGUGUAAAAGAACAACAACAGGAUGGGAAUACUUAGGAAAAAUAAACGUGACGGUAUCAGGGAGGUCUUGUCAGGCCUGGGGGUCACAGACUCCUCACGCCCACUCAUCCACGACCCUGCCAGAGAACUACUGCAGGAACCCAGACGGCGAGGCGGCCCCCUGGUGUUAUACCACAGACCCAAACAAACGAUGGGAGCUCUGUAAUAUCCCCGACUGUGUAACGCCAGCAACGGAAUGCCUCACUAGCUCAGAUCCUACAGGAAAACGCUACUUCGGAACACAUAACGUGGCUGAUACUGGAGACCUAUGUCAGGCAUGGAGCAGUAACUCACCUACUGCGCAUAGUUUUGGAAAUCUCGCUGAUCAAUCUAACUACUGCAGGAACCCGGAUGGUGAGAGCGCCCCCUGGUGUUACACAGUCAAUCCAAAUGUUCGCUGGAGCAAGUGCAACAUUCCUCAUUGCUGAUAUCUGUUGUUAUUUUAAGAAAUUCUAACACUCUAUUGAUUGCUGUAGUAUCCUAUUAUAGAUAAUGAGAGUUAAAACUGUUUUCCCUACAGCUUAUGAUACCUUCUUUAUAUAUGUCAUACCAAAAGUUUAUGUUGCUUUCUGUGGACUUUGUGAAAGUUGGUUUAUCUUCCUAUUACUGUUAAAUAGUUCAAUUUA